AAUUCAGAAUCACAAAAAGUAGGUUGUUUUCGAGUAAGGCAAAGAAGCAUAUAUUGUUGUGAUACAUACAGAGUAAACAGAGUAAAGAUGCAGUCGACCAAGAAUACAGCGGCAGCAGCCAAGGAGAAGAUGAGCAACACAGACACCUCUACAAUGGAGGGCAUGGAAAAGGCUAAGGCUUAUGCCCAAGAAGAGAUGGAGAAGGCUUCUGCGCAUGACAGGACUGAAAAGGAGAUAGCUCACCAAAAGAAGGAAGUGAGGGAAAGUGAGGCAGAGAGGAGGGCUCACGUUGAGAAGGCCGAGCAUUUUGUUGAAAAAGAAGAGGCCAAACAUACGACCCAUAUUGGCACUACAUGUCAUAAUCCUCUCGCUAUGCAUGGUCACACCACCACCACAGAUACAUCUUCCCCCACAACCACCACUGAUACACAUAAACGUCCCACCACCACCACUGGUACAUAUGCCCCCACAACCACCACUGGUACAUAUGAACCCAACACUACUACUGGUACAUAUACCCCCACAGCUCACACCGAACGACGAUAUACGUGAAGGGCUUUACUAAGUGACUACUUAGUAAUAAUGACAAUUUUGAUGGUAUUUUUUGGGUGUUUUUUCUGUUAGUUCAUUAUGAAUGAUCCUUUGUAAUCCUGCUGGAAUUGAAGAGUACUCUUUGGUCUUGUAGUAAGGCAUUGUGAUGGGCCUUACCUGGAUCCUUCUAGCUCUUCUUGUUAAAAAUUUUAUCGUUUAGUCAAGUGGAAUAGAAUUGUUUACUUAGCAACUU